GUCAGUUAUCAGUUUGUCAGCUUAUCUGACACGGUUAGCGUUUGCGGAGAACGAGAUGUGAAAUAUGAAAUUAAUAUCGCGAGUGUAUUAGUGAUGAUAAAUGAUAAUAAUCGCUUGCCCAGCCGUUUUCAGUUUUUACUUGGGUCUUGUUACAUUUAUUAAAAAUACUGACAUAUUCUAAAUGUUUUUAAAUUAUUACAAACUAUAAUUAUAUUGUGAAUUUUCUACUUUAUCAUACACACAGUUGCAAAAGUGAUUUGUUAUACAAAAACUUUAACCUUGGUCUUAAAAUGUUUUUCUUUAGACAGAUUCAAGAUGGUUUUACUUCAGGGGUUCAUAUAAAAAAUGGGUUGAGGAGUGAAUAAAUAAAACACCAUGAGUGCUCACAGUGGCUGUAUGAGUUGUAAUGAAAGCUCAGAGCAGUUUGAAUCUAAACUAGAAGCUGAAUGUUCGGAAGCUGAAGAUGCCCAAAUCAGACUGGCCCCACAUGUGCAAGCUUACUUGGCUCAUAAUAACUCAACUACAAAUUGUUGUGGCUUUGCAAUACCAAUUGCCUUUGAAAGGGCUGCACCAGGAACAUGGUGGAAUCCAAGGUUUGACUCGCCAAUACUUGAGGGCCAGUAUAGAAGUAGCUCUUUUAGACAGAUAAGAUUAAGAUUUAGAUUUGCACUUUUAUACAUUUUGAUAUUUUCCAUUUCAUGGUUUAUCUAUUUUGUGGUACUUGGUCUGAAUGAUGUGACUGUAAAAUGGCCAUUUUUAUGUUUAAUAUUUGCUGGAGUAUUGUUAAUUACAUCUGUAAUGUUGUUUCUAACCUUUACUCAGAUAUAUAAAAUUCAUACAAUCAGAUUGUCAAUGACUAUGGCCCUCGCUCUGUGUACCCUCAGCUUGUCCCUCAUAGCCCUGACGACACAAUUAGAUCCAAAUUCACUUUUGAUAGCAGAUAUAAGUCAAUCGGGUCACUUCACCAUGUGCAUUGAAAUACUAUUGAUAAUUUAUACUUUAACCCCGUUACCCCUCUUUGCUUGUGUCUCAAUAGGGCUCCUGUAUUCUAUAGCUUUUGAGACCCUCAACAUAUUCUUACAUUUAUCUGAACAAGAAUGGCAAUAUCCUGGAAUGUUAGUCAGAGUUUUACUUCAUUUUUGUGUGCAUAUAAUUGGUGUACAUAUUUACCUUAUGACUUUUGUAAGAAUGAGGGGUACGUUUAUGAAAGUGGGUCAGAGUUUGCUAGUCAGAAGGCAGCUGGAGAUGGAAAAGCAGCUGAAAGAGAAAAUGAUUCAUUCAGUAAUGCCUCCAAAGCUUGCCAGUUGGCUGAUGGAGGAGCAAGUGACAGAAACAGAAACUAUAUCAAAAAUUCAUGAUCCUCUUCAAGCCAGAACAUCAAACCCUGGAGCUUCAGAUAUUAAAUCACUAUUCAGACCAUUUAACAUGAGUUCAAUGGAUAAUGUGAGCAUCCUAUUUGCGGAUAUAGUUGGAUUCACUAAAAUGUCCAGUAACAAAGGUGCCGAGGAAUUGGUCAACAUAUUGAAUGACCUGUUUGAGAAGUUUGAUGAGUUGUGUCUGAUCCAUGGCUGUGAGAAAAUUUCCACUCUAGGAGAUUGUUACUACUGCGUAUCUGGUUGUCCAGAGCCGAGACCCGACCACGCCACUUGCUGUGUUGAAAUGGGACUAGGAAUGAUAGAAGCGAUUCAAGAAUUCGAUCGGGAAAAAGGAGAGGGUGUUAAUAUGAGAGUAGGCGUCCACACGGGGACCGUCUUGUGCGGCAUAGUGGGAACUCGCAGGUUUAAAUUCGACGUUUGGAGUAAUGACGUAACGCUAGCGAAUAAAAUGGAGUCGACGGGAAAGCCGGGCCGUGUGCAUAUAUCCGAGGAAACGAGCAAAUUCCUCGGGGGCUCCUACGUUUUAGAAGAGGGCGAGGAAGUUUUCGGUCAUAAAACCUACUUUAUAGAGGGCCGGCAGCUGAGUUCUCCGUACGACCACGAUUGCCUGACCCCCUCCAAUCCGGUGAACUUGCGUCUUAUCAUAUCUCCGGCCGUCUCCCCACAAUCGGCUCUCUCUGUCAGCCAUUCGCCCUUACCUACCUCCGCGAAGACCGACGACGCUUCUGGCGACGACAAAACAAAACCCGAAGACAAGUUGUCCAACUUCCUAUCGCCGAGCCCGUUUAGUUUCCGUAAUAAAGCCAGCUCUCUGCCGAGUAUUUUGGAUUCGGACGCGGAGUUAGAAGACAAAAGAGAUAAGCGGUUCGUGAACGGAAACGACACCUCAUCGAAAAGUCCCACCUCGAUCGGUAGCUGUGGAAAGUACACGAACAAAAUAAAACAAUGGAAGGUUCCGAAGUUUUUAAGAAAGCACUCGGACACGCCGCUACAUGAAAUGAAGAAACAGAACUUCAGCCCCAAAGCCAUACACAUCGUGGAGUGUGGGGACGCGCAGACCACUAAUGGCUACCGCAAAGUCCCCAUUGUCAUAGAAUCUCAUGAGAAACCAAGACAAAGUAGUAGCAAAUUGAAUAGCCGGACAAGUGAGACGUUCGAGAAGGAAAUAAUAGAUAUCCGCUCAUAUUUAAGUCAGUCUCGAAGCAAUAUGUCGCCCUUUGCGAGGAGUAGCAGCUACAGGUCGCAGUACGGGAGGCCUAACUUAGAGCCAGCGCCAGUUAGUCGCGCUCGCAGUUCCACGUUAGCCACGCAGGGUGAACUGAUCAGGCCGAAGGAUAGGAAAUUGAAUCUGCCCGUCCCGAACCAUCCCGGAAGACUGCCCGAUGACAUUGUCAGCCUCUGCCCGUCCAUCAACAGCAGAAAGGAUUCAGGGAUCAGAAGCACUAGCAGACGAUCGAGCAUACAACAGCAGAUCUUCGUACUGAAUCACGUCUCGCUGGCGACCUCCCAAGUGGAUAUAAUGCAGCAGAGAGUCUCGGGGUACUACACUUCGAGCCAAUCGUCCCUCGACGUCCCUCCCCGCUCGAAGCUCCCUCCGCCGCUCGACGAGGAGCAAGUUCGGUCUCUGCAGAAGUUGCGGAAACAAUCCGACCUUCAGCUCAUCCGAUGCGUUCAAGACAACGCGAGAUCAGGAAUCAACUACUUCGUGCAGCCGCCCUUGAACGGGCUCACGCUUUUCUUCAAAACGCCGGACAUGGAGAGGCACUAUCGCGACAGAGCCCACAGGAGCGACGACUGCGAAGAUUUCCCUCCGACCUUGACCACGUCGCGCUUCAACACCGCCCUCGACAUCUUGGUGUCUUCGAUAAUAUUCGUGAUAGUCGCGGCCUCCAUCAUCGUCGUCUACGAGGAGUGGAGAUUUUCCAUCGGGUGGUUCAUCGCGUUCGUGUCCAUCGAAGUGGCGGCGAUGUCCCUCUGCGCGUACAGGCACUACCUCAAGUGGAGGUCCAAACUGAACCCCGACGACGUCGCGCAGACCUUGCGGAGGGCCGUCAGGGUCUUUCGAAAGCUGUCGAACUGGUACCCGUGGCACUUGUCGGGCAGCCUCCUGAUAAGUCUCCCCAUUCUGGCGGUCCUGCUGAACUUCUCUUGCCAAAUCACCACUUUGACGAUACUGAAGGGGAAACAGUCGUUCUACGUGUACCUUUUGAACGUGUGCAUCGUUCACUUUUGUAAUUUCACCCAGAUGAGUUGGCUCGUGAAGAACGCCUUGGUGACUCUGUAUGCGGCUCUGUUCCUGUUUCUCUCCCUCCUGGGCUGCCGAGAUCUCAAUACUCAAUUUCUAGAAUCGAUCAAUAUUACGUCGCCUCUGAACCUUUUCGCCCAAAACGGCACGAAUAUCACGGAUUUACUCUUAGAGGAAUCGACGGGCAGCAACGGCACGAUGGCGGACACCGUUCGACACGAGAUGCAUCUGAAGGAGCUCUACCUGGACGUCGUGCUGCUGUUGAUCCUGGUUUGGUUUCUGAACAGAGAGUUCGAGAUAAGCUAUCGGCUCAGUUUCUACAGCAACGUGGUCGCGAACAGAGACAAGCAGAAGGUCCAGACCAUGAGGAAUCAAGCCGAUUGGCUGCUGCACAACAUCAUCCCGCGGCACGUCGCAGACCAACUGAAGAGCACCGCCAAGUACUCGGAGAACCACAGGGACGUCGGCGUGAUCUUCGCGAGCAUCGUCAACUUCAACGAAAUGUACGACGAGUCGUAUCUCAAGGGCAAGGAGUAUCUGCGGGUGCUCAACGAGCUCAUAGCGGACUUCGACGAACUCUUGGAGAGGCCGGAGUUUCAGCACGUCGAGAAGAUAAAGACGAUAGGCAGCACCUUCAUGGCGGCCAGCGGCCUCGACCCCGACCUGAGGCAUUCCCUGCGAGGGCCCCGCGAGCACCUCUACCAGCUCAUGGAUUUCGCCCUCGAGAUGCAGAAGGUCGUCUACGAUUUCAAUCGGGACCUGUUGGAGUUCGACUUCAUCCUGCGGAUCGGGUACAACUUCGGCGACGUCACCGCCGGAGUCAUCGGCACCUCCAAGCUGUACUACGACAUCUGGGGAGACGCCGUCAACAUCGCCUCGCGAAUGGACUCCACGGGCGUCCCCGGGCGCAUCCAGGUGGGCGAGGCCUGCGCCUCGGCUCUCUCCUCUCGGUACGACUUCGAGCCCCGGGGCAGCGUCUACGUCAAAGGCAAGGACGACAUGGACGUGUUCCUCGUGAUCGGCAAGAGGGAGGCCGGUCAGUAGUUCGCUCGUUUUAGGACAAGUAGAAUCUGUGAUUUCACUAUUUAUCGUUUAACGUAAUUAUACAAAUUGUAAAUGGAGCUGUUCUGAAGAUUUACUUAUUUGUUGGGCGCGAAGGGACGAACGAACCUUUAACGCUGCCCCAGAAAAAUAGGAAUAUUUAUUUAGCAAUAAAAUUAUGUAUACAAUGAAGUCCCGCUGGGGGCGAUGUUUUAAAUUGUAUUCAAUGUUUCGGCUUUCGUGACUUCUAGUGAUCUAGAAAUCUAAAAUGUGGUUCCCACUUGAAUAUACUAGCUGUUUCGUUCUAAAUAAAAAACCGCAUACAUAUUUAUUAUAUAUAGAGAAAAACAGAGAUUUUUUCGUACGUAAUAUUACGUAAGUUAGUGAAAUAAAUAUAUAUGUAUGUAUGUAUCUUAAGUGUAAAAAAUGUAAACAGUUAUUCGCAAGUGCGUAAUAUAAACCCAGCGAAUUAAAACAUUUUUCAAUACAAGUGAUUAUUUUAAGUUUAUUUAAUGAUAUUUCUGAACGACAGCUAUAUUUGAACCAUACAUUAAUCAAUUUGGUAACUUCUACAUGUUGCCAUUAUUGACGAGUCAUUAAAGUAUACGUAUAAUAUAGUAUAAUAUUAUGGAAUUGUGAUAUUUUAAGUUAUUCCUAUUUUGUUGUAUGAAUGUGUUUUAUUUAAAUAAUAACAGAAAUUGAAAAUGUAAAGUUAAGGGCCCAUUUAACCUUCUCAAAUACAUAUUUACAAACCCCGAGUGGCUUGCCCUAAUGUAAAACGUGCACUAAUCGUUCCAAAAUGUAUACAAAACGGUAUUUUUAGCUUACGUUUUAUUUUAUAUCAUUGAUAUUUUUACAUAUGUUUUGUGAAAUUAUUUUACGCUGUACUUAACUCUCUCACGGCCCACUGUUAGCGUUUCGCACAGAAGAGUUAUUCGCACUAAGCCUGCAAAUGAUUUUAAUACAUUUCCCAUUUGUUCUUUGAUUUCGGGUACAUUUCCUUCGUUUAUUUUGUAAGAUAAAAUCUAACAUCUCUUGCCAUACUGUUGUCCCAAAAGUCUGUAUUUUAUAAUUGUUUGUACUUUUAUACUUUCUAACCGUUGCCUAAGUGACACUUAUGGAUGUGCCGGGUGUCCCGAAUCCGUUUUGAAAAAGGACAAAUAGUGAGUUCAAAGAAUAAUUUCAAGUUAUAAGCAAUAGGUAUUGGUAAAGCAUAUAUUGCGGGAUUAAAAGUGCCGUUUCAAAAGUAGAUUUUGAGCACCCGGUAUGAUCCUGAUGCGAAUUUUCUAUUGAACAUUUUCAAAAUGAAACUAUUCAAUAGACUUUCCACUAUGCCUUCUCUAUGUAGAUCUUCAAACUUAUGAUAAAAGCCUUACAUUCCACUUGUAUUUCGAAUGCCUUGAAAGUGUCUAUUCACGAUAUAAAUGAGUAUUUCUCGAAGCAGAUUUCGAUUCACGGACCAAAUCUGAUUAGCCUUAGCUCUCUUAGUCUUCAUAUGACACGUUUUGAUCGUAAUUUGCCAUUUUUAAUACUAUUUCAAGUAGCGUGUUCUACGAUCAAAAUAUGUCAUUCGUCCUAUUUACAAGUAACCUAUGUACAUCGCGAAAGCUCAAAGUACUCUAUGUCUUAAAACUAUGUAUUAUACGUUUACUUCCUUAAAUACAAAGGACUUUUUCGAACUCUACAGCGAAUAAAAUUAUGUGUGAAAAGUC